CUGCAAGUGCCAUUACUUUACUUUCAAGACCAAUCAACUCCUCAGUCUCCUCAAAACAUCUCGGUUGGUGAAUUCAACUAUUCAAGCAUAAAGCUAAAACCCCAUGGUCCUGUUCCUUUCUCAGUCAAUUUUCUUUUCUCUUUUCUUUUCUUGCAUUGAAGAAAACAGGCUAGUUAAAGUGCUAUGUCUCAUCAUUGAGUAGAAGAGACUGUUGUUGUCAAAAAGACAUGGGCAAUUGUGUUACAGUUUACAAGAACAAAGAUCCUGCAGCCAUGAAUCUCAGUGCCCAAAUUCAACUGCCCACUGAGAACUUUGUCAGAAGGGAGCAGUCAAUUGCUGAACUCGGUUCCAUGUCUCAGCUGUCAUCAAUGGAUACUAGUUUCCGAGACUUGAGUAAAACCGAGGAGAAUUUUUUCGAUUCCCAGCCUUGUCUAGAAUCUGAUUGUGAAGAUUUCUUCAGUGUCAAUGGUGAUUCUACCUCUUGUGGUAACAGCCCAAACCACCAGAAAAGCUUCACGGAAAGUUCUCUGCGUGAUAAAAAUCAUUCAAUGGACCGUGCACAUGAUGCAGUAGCUGAACAUUCUCCAAAUGAUACAAAGAAGCAACUAAUUGAGUUAUUUCGUGAGAGCUUCGACGAUGAUGAUGAUGAUGCUGUAAAUAAUGAUCCAAGUUUAAAACAACAGUUGGAAGACAAACCUACAACUUUCAACCUCCCUCCAAAGUCUACAAGUAGAAGUCCAUAUGAAUCUAUCCCGAACUCUGUUCGCAGUAGUGAAGCAUCUCCUUACAGCGGGCACGUCCCUAGGAAAGAAAAAUCAGCCCAGUCUCCGCAGUGCUGCCUUCCAAGUCUGGUACGCAACAUGAGCUUUGGUGAGAGAAAGAAAAGGCUAAGCCCUGCCAAAACUGAUGGACGAUUUAUGUCGCACUGCUAGAAUUGGAUCAUAUGGAUUCAAUGGUGUUGAAGUCGAAGUAUUAUUUCACAACAAAAUAUUGCUUUUUAUUCUUUUUAUUUAUUUCAGUAAUGGAGUUGGUUCUUUUGCACAAAAGCCAAAUGUUUUGCAUUAACCAGGGUCAGGAAUUGAUCGAUUGCUGGAACA